CGAAGCCUUCCAGCCGCACGACCCCGACUCCCGAGCUCGACCCGACCAGCUCACGACCCGAGCCUUCUUCCGCCUCCAGCCGAACUCAACCUCGACUUCCUCCAGCUGAUCCCGAGCACCCGUUCAGCCCCGGCCGCAGUUCUCUAUAGGGGUGUCAAUUCAAAUCAACGUGUUUGGUUCGGGUCGAACCUAACUUGAUUCGGCCUUAAACAAGUUGACACUAACCUGACCCAGUUUUGCAAACGGGUCAUAAUUGUCAAACCGGACCCAACCCGUACGGGUUAUCGGUUUGAUCCAACCCAACCCGCGAGAGAGGGACGGCGGCAAUUUUCGGCUCUCGGGCAGUCCGACAGCGGCAUCUUAGGCGAGACGGUGGCAACGACAGUCGCACCUCGCAGGUGGGACGGCAACGACAGUCUUCGGCUCUUUCUCAUACCGCUGGCUUCAAUGACGAUAGCAGCACUGCAGCAAUGCGGGCGGGACGACGGUAGGCCGACGGCGGUGACGCGCCCCUGGGUGACUCGACUGAGUGACGAAACUGGCCACGCGGGAUUACAAACAGGUCGACCAGCUGGUUUUCAGAAUAAACUGCAAGAUGGUGAAUGCGAUCAAAGUGAUGUUCCAAUGGCGCAGUUCAUUGUCAAUAUGAAUGCUUCGCUACCCGCUUCCCAGAAGUUCAUCGUGCACAUCCUGGACAGCACCCACAUGUUCGUGCAGCCUCACGUAGUGGAAAUGAUACGCAGCAAGAUUGCAGAAUUCAGAGAGCAGAAUACCUAUGAGAAGCCGGCUUGAGAUUUCUCUGUUGCAGGAAAACCUACUCAAGAAAAAGCUAUCAAGAAUAAUAUAACAAGGAAAGAGUUUUUCAGGGCAAAGAAGGAUGGAAGAAAGCAGACAUUCGAUUUAUUGCACAGAUCAUUUGCUUUAUAAGACGAUUCAGUGAGAUAUGCAUGUAAAAACCUGGGCACUAGGAAUUCUCUAUCACUUGUAUGUUUUUCCUAUGUACUUUCGCUUAUUUAUAUGUUGAGUUGAUUGGUCU